AAAGGCCCAGAAAAGAAAACCAGAAGAAAAAACAAAAAUCAUGGUAGCACAAGCGCAGGACGCACCGUACGGCGUCUUACUAGCAGUGGUGGUGGGCCUGAUGGUUGCGGGCCCCAUCCUACUGAGUGACCCAGCUGAGAUCAUAUCAGAGGCUGUCUCGGGUCUUCUGGGCCCCGCCGGCCUUCUUCUCCUCCCAGUAGCUCUCCUCCUCUUUAUUCAGUUCCUCUCGUCCGGUCGUGGCACCGCCCUUUCACAGAUUUUCUACACGGGCGAGCCCGAUUCUAUACACCGCGUCGGUGGGUUCCCGGUCGGCGUCGCGCUCUUCCUCCUCGUCUUGCUCUUUCUACUCUACAGUCGGGUAUCGCUUUUCGGAUCCGGGGACGAUGAUUCCGGCGAGUAGAUGGUUUCCGGCGGGUUUUGGCCGUCUUUUCUUAGGUAUGUAUUUUGGUUGUGGUUGUUUCAGGCACGUUCAUGGAAGUUGCCGGUAUUGAUGUAAAUUACCAAAAUGCCCUGAUUGGCAUAGUUGUGGAAUUGUUGAUGAGCCGAGGGUAUUAUGGUCAUUUGGGAUUGGUUU